AUGGAAUUUACUAAUUUGACAUAUGAAGUGGAAUUUCGUAUUCUCGGCUUCUCUGGUCUCAUGGCUACCCCUAUUUUGUCAUUCUUUAUUAUACUAAUUAUCUAUAUCUUUAAUGUAGUUGGGAACUCCCUCAUUAUUGUGGUAACAAAUAUGGACACUAGCCUUUACAAACCCAUGUAUUUCUUCCUGGGCAAUCUAUCACUUGUGGACAUGUCCUUUACAACAGUCACUUUACCUAAAACAAUGGAAAUUUUUCUCUCCGCCAAGAAAACUAUUUGCUUUGCAUGUUGCAUUAUGCAGAUGUAUUUCUUUCUAUCGGUUGGAGUGACUGAGUCUUUUCUUCUUGCCCUCAUGUCCUAUGAUCGCUAUCUUGCCAUCUGUAAUGCUUUACAGUAUACUAGAAUCAUGACAAAUCGAGUCUGCAUCUUUAUGGUUUUGGGUUGUUGGAUUAGUGGUUUAUUCAGUAUUCUAUUGCCAGUUAUUUUCAUCUCUAGGUUGCCAUUUUGUAAAUCACAUGACAUCAAUCAUUUCUUUUGUGACCUUUCUCCAGUUAUUCAGCUGUCAUGCAGUAACACUAAAAUUCUUGAGAUUUUUAUUUUUCUCACAGCUAUCAUAGUUAUUCUAGGAACGUUUUCAGUAAUAGUGUUGUCCUAUUUCAAAAUUGUUAUAAGCAUUCUACGUAUUUCCACAUCCACAGGCAAAAAGAAGGCAUUUUCAACAUGUGCUUCUCAUCUCAUAGCUGUUCUCAUCUACUAUGGCACUAUUAUUUUUAUGUAUGUACGCCCCAAAUCCAAAAGUAAUUUAGAUCUAGAUAAACAAACAUCAGUGUUUUAUUCCAUCAUUACCCCAACUCUAAACCCCCUUAUCUACACCCUAAGAAAUAAUGAAAUGAAAAGAUCAAUUCGGAAGUUAUUAAAAAAGAAUUCAGUUUUCUUUUCAUAA